GACUUAUGAUGGCGGCGUAUUUUACCGUGGUGUAAAAUUUCAGAACUUGGUAAAUGUUUCCCCAAUUGACCAGCUGUAUUGUUCUUUUCACUCGAAGCAUAAACUCGGUAUAACAAGGCUUCAUUUGUUGCAGUUUGACUGAAGAUGGAAGGAGGUGGGAGCACAGCUGUGGCCUCGCCACCAACUGGUCAAGGAUUCUUCCAUCGCCCAAGACUGCCCUACCGAGAGAAGAACCAGUUUUACAAGCACCACCACUAUUACAAUCGCAUGCAAGGUGACCAAGGUCCAAACAAUGCUACCAAUUUUGAUGGAAAACGUAUGCGGAAGAGCAUCACUAGAAAAACUGUUGACUACAACUCAUCCGUCAUCAAAUUGCUUGAGUCUCGGAUCUGGCAGAGGGAUAGUAGAGACAUCCGCUGGAUACAGCCUGAUCCAACUUAUACGCAUGAGCUAUCACUACCAGAGACUUAUUUGAACAAUCCAAUAAAUGCUGUUACAACGAGGUUUGUCAGGACAUCAACCAACAAGAUCCGAUGCCCUAUCUUCUGCUGUGCUUGGACACCUGAGGGCCGGAGACUUGUAACAGGAGCGUCGAGUGGAGAGUUCACACUUUGGAAUGGUCUAACAUUUAACUUUGAAACAAUCUUACAGGCUCAUGAUUACCCUGUCCGAGCUAUGACAUGGAGUCAUAACGACCUCUGGCUUAUGACUGCUGAUCACCUUGGUUACGUCAAAUACUGGCAGUCCAAUAUGAAUAAUGUCAAGAUGUAUCAGGCUCAUAAAGACCAACCAAUCCGUGGUGUAAGCUUCUCACCAACGGAUACUAAGUUUACAACAUGUGCUGAUGAUGGCACCGUACGUAUUUUUGAUUUUAUGCGAUGUCAUGAGGAACGUGUACUCAGAGGUCAUGGUGCAGAAGUCAAAUGUAUUGACUGGCAUCCACAGAAGGGACUGAUUGUAUCUGGUAGCAAAGACAGCCAGCAACCAGUCAAGCUGUGGGAUCCACGCUCUAACAACCCUUUGGCCACCUUACAUGCCCACAAAAGCACUGUUAUGGCAGUCAAGUUCAACCAGAAUGGAAGUUGGCUUCUGACUGCAUCUAGGGAUCAUGUCUGCAAACUAUUUGAUAUCAGAACAAUGAAAGAGCUGUACACAUUCAGGGGUCAUAAGAAAGAGGCCACAGCAAUUGCUUGGCACCCAAUCCACGAAAGCAUGUUUGCUAGUGGGGGUUCAGACGGUUCCCUUCUUUUCUGGCAAGUUGGGAAUGAGAAGGAGGUUGCUAGUGUUGAGACAGCUCAUGAUAGUAUUGUAUGGAGUCUUGCUUGGCAUCCUUUGGGUCACAUCCUAGCCUCUGCUUCUAAUGAUCAUACUACCAAAUUCUGGACUAGGAAUCGGCCUGGUGAUCGCAUGAGGGAUCGAUAUAACUUGAACAUGCUACCAAUUGGUACAUCUGAGGAAAUGUUGGAGUUUGAUGAUGAUACCUCGGCUUUGUCCGUCAUCCCUGGAAUGGGCCUGGAACAUGGACUACCGGAUCACCUUAAAAAAACAGAUGAAAAACAACUUGAUGAAAGUAUGGGAUUGGACACCUCUAUUCCUGGCUUAGAAUCUUCUGUGGAAGAGUUAGCCAAACUGAAGCCUCAGCCGCAACGCAAAGUCCCUUAUGCCAAACCCAUUCCAGCCGAUUUUCAACGACAAUGGGACAUGACAAAGGCACCUGGUAUAGCCCCACAACAAGCUGAAGCUCAAGAUGUAAAGGAUAGUGCUAAACAAGUCAAGGAGGAAGAAAAGGAAGCUGAGAAGAUGGCUGUGAUGGUCAAAACAUCAGGCCUGGCCGUAGCACAAGCUCAUCAGGCGGUGGUCAAUGCCAUGAAGAAUGCCUCAGAGAAUGGCGGACAGCCACCAAUCCCAGGUUUAAUGUCAGAUCUGCCGCCAGGACCCCCCCUCAUGACAACCCAUAAAGGUAUGAUAGUUGACACUCCACCAGGAUUGAGACCUUCUGCUCCUUCCCAGGGUAAGCCAGCCAUUCCUUCACUCAUGGAUAUGAGGUUGAAUGGUCCUCCACCGGGUGCUUCUCAGCCACCAGAUAUUGACAUGAUGAAUAUGCCAGCACCUGAUUACAAUCAAACUCCAGAUAAACCUGUUCACGACUUUGUAAACGUAUCCCCGCCCCCACCUCCACCAGAAAUUUUUCCGGGGCAAGUAUUUGGUGAAACCAGAGAUGAAGAUAAACGUGGUGACGUUGACCUUCGUCAAGGCUUCACAGAUGUGGAUAUGAGACACAGAUUUCAUGAACCGCCGCCACCAAACAGAUUUGAGGGAAGAUUUGAGCACAAGGAAAGUCAACAGGGUAUUUGGGAGAAUAGGACUACACCACGCGAUGGUCCCCAUCAGGACUUGGAUAUGAGACAACAUAGAAUGGAGGAAUCCAAAGAUGCAGCAUUUGAAGACAGACAAGAUCAAGACACAGGUCCAAGAAGGGAUGAAUUGUUAGAUGAAGAUUUUCGUUUCAGUAGUGGAGGUACUCCAGGAGGACAGGCAUGGCGACAACAGAACCAACAAGAAGGACAUCAAAGAGAUCCUUUUGGGGGAUUUGACCAAAACCAAGAAUCUGGCCCGUUUGGAUCACGCGAUAAAGAUCUACGGGGUGGAGGCCGAUUUGAUCAAGAGUUUCAUUCCAAAGGAUUGCUACCACAUCCAGGUGUUGAAGAGAAUAACCAGCCACCAACAGUGAUUGGUGACCAUGAUGAAAGGGGGUCUUUUGGUGGUGAGCAUGACCCAUCAUGGGGACACCAACAAAAUAGUAAUGAAUUGCCCCAAAAUAAAAGAACUUGGAAUGAAGGACCAGGGGAUGAUCUUGAACAAGAACAGUUUGGUCAAUUUGGCCAACCAGAUGCCUUUGGACCACGUGGACGUGGAAGGGGCAACAUGUGGCGAGGUGGGCCAGGAGACAGAAGGGGAAUGAGGGGUAGGGGGGAGCCAGGAAUGAGGGGUAGAGGUGAGCCAGGAAUGAGGGGUAGGGGUGAGCCAGGAAUGAGGGGUAAUCCCUCAGGAUUCAGAGGGUCCUUCAGAGGUGGUAGAGGGGGUAUGGGAAGGGGUGGAAUGGGCAGAGGUAACAGCUGGUAAUGUAGCUCAAGAUUCUGAUAAUUGAAAUAAGAUGGUUACUGGCAGUACUACCUUUGCUGUUUGCCUGGAAGAAGGAUGCAGGGCUUUAUUUGCUGGAACUUUCUCCAAAGACAUGUUUUCCAUUUCCCAUGCAACAUUUAUUCUUCCGGUAAUAAACAGUCGUUUUGAAACACAAUUGAGUGGUAGGGGUGAGCCAGAAAUGAGGGGUAGAGGCAGGCCAGGCAUGAGGG